UGUUUUGGGGAUUUUCCAUUUGUAAUGACAUAAAAGAAGCAACACUGUACGUUCAUAAAUUCGCUGCGCCAAGUAAUGAACCACAACACAAAUGCAACACUACUCUUGCCUUCAUUCAUCAAAUAUGGCUGCUAGUCGUCGGUGGUGUCAAGUGUUUUUCUUUUCUACCUGCUAAAGAUUUGUGAAUUUGUUGUGGAAGAACACUUAAAUAAUAAAUAAAAACUAUUUUAAAAUAUACCUAAAGCAGUAGAAUAUUAUUUGAAAUAAUUUAAAGAAUUCGUGCAUAUUCAAUAAAGUGGUAAUUUGUAAAAAAGUUCUAACGCAAAAAUUUUUGGCAAGCAGCAGCAAUAAAAAUCGAUUCUUCAAGCAGAAAAAAAAACAAGUUAAAAAAUUUAAACCAAAAAAGUUUUAUGAAAUUUGGCAAUAAAGUUGAUUUAUAAGUCAACUUGAUUUUAAUAUAAUUCACAAAAUUAUACAAUUACAAUAUGUGCAAAUUUAAAAAUUAUUGUUUGAAAAUUCCUUUAAUUUUUUUAAUACAACGACUUCCUUGUUAAAAGCAAAAACACAGAAAAAAAAAAAACGACAAAAAUACCAACACUAAAAUUCACAUACACACAUGCGCCCCCCUCAACUCACAACGAAGGCACAAAAUAAUAUAUGAAAUCAAAGUGUAUUCCUGUUUAAAUAUUCUAAAUGAUUUAAUCUAACGCUAAUUUUAAGUCAAUAAUAAUAAAAUAACAUUUUUGUAUUAAAUAUUAAAGUAGAUUUAAUUAUCGCUUCAACUGCGUAUUUGUGUUUAUUUUAAGUGUCAGGGUGAACAAACAAAAGCGAGAAGUUAUGCUUUUUUUGUUGUGGCAAAUGUAAAUUAAAUAAAUAUUCAAUUAGAUGUGUGUGCACAUUUGUUAUUAAAUCAGUGAAAAUUUUGUGUAAAUAUAAAAAGUGCAUUUUUGGGGGAGAAACGAAAUAUACGAGUUGAUCUCAAUUCUCGAACAACGAAUCGAAGCAAAAGCAACAAAAAUUAACAUCAGCACCUACUACAUUCCUCCUUCCUCCCUGCAACGUAUUUUCUAGACUACGCUAACGCUUAAUUGUCUUCGCUUUCGCCUGUCACCUUUCAUGGAGCACCGCACCAAGUCAACAAACUGAAACGAAAUAUUCUACAAAAACAAAAACAAUAACUUGUGUUGUUUUUGCCAUCACAAUUAAUUAAGCAGAAUUUUUAUAUUGUGCAUGACGUUUUGAUGGUCGCGGAUUUUACUGUUUACUGCUGCUCCUGAGUCAUCUAUCCAUUCCCUGUUGUAACCUGCAACAAGCCGUUCCCAUAUGUAUAGGCAACGUUCGUAACGUUCUCUAUUAACGAAACAAACGAAAUCCAACAACUCCAACAACAAAUUCAUAAGUCGUCAAUUGGAGGAAAUUUAACAGACACUUCAAUUCCACUUCACUUAGCAGUGGCAGCGGCAGCGGCAGCAGCAAAAAUAUUUUAAACACAAAGCCUUGCAAAGGACAUAAAAGGCUAACACCACAAACAGCCGAGUAUUUACUUAAUUUCUUUUUUCUAUUUUAUUAUAUUUAUUGUUGCUUUGUUGCUGUUUCGUGCUCUACUAGUUUGUUUACUCGUCAUAACGUGCAAUAAAAAGGUUAUAAAAACUUUUUACAUUAUUCGCUGUGCUGUCAGUGGGAAGUGGGCUGGAAGUAUUUUAAGAAAAGUGAACAAGCUCCACAACUUCGAGUCUUUUCUAGUUGAAAUUUAAACGGAACACAAACACCACAACACAAAAUGUCAACCGAUAAGAUCAAAGUCGCCGUGAGGGUGCGACCCUUCAACCGUCGCGAAAUGGAACUUGGAACAAAAUGUAUUGUCGAUAUGGACAAACAGCAGACUAUAUUACAGAACCAACCAUCACUGGAUAAAAUGGAUAGAAAAAAUCCAAAGACAUUUGCAUUCGACCAUUGUUUCUAUUCACUAAAUCCUGAUGAUGGUAAUUUUGCCUCACAAGAAACAGUAUUCGAUUGCGUAGGACGUGAUAUACUUGAUAAUGCAUUCCAAGGUUACAACGCCUGUAUAUUUGCCUAUGGACAGACAGGUUCUGGUAAAUCCUACACCAUGAUGGGUACACAAGAAUCUAAAGGCAUAAUUCCACGUCUCUGUGAUGAACUGUUUUUGGCUAUUGCCAAUAAAACAACACAAGAUCUCAUGUGUAAAGUUGAAGUCUCCUAUAUGGAAAUUUACAAUGAAAAAGUACACGAUUUACUUGAUCCAAAACCAAAUAAACAAUCGCUUAAGGUGCGUGAACAUAAUGUGCUUGGACCCUAUGUUGAUGGUCUCUCACAACUUGCAGUUACAUCUUAUAAGGACAUUGAUAAUUUGAUGACUGAAGGCAAUAAAUCACGUACUGUAGCUGCCACAAAUAUGAAUGCGGAAUCUUCGCGCUCACAUGCAGUAUUCUCUGUGGUGCUGACACAAAUACUUACAGAUCAAGCAGCUGGAGUGAGUGGUGAAAAGGUAUCACGUAUGUCCUUGGUAGAUUUAGCUGGUUCAGAACGUGCUGUCAAAACAGGCGCUGUAGGAGAACGUUUAAAAGAAGGCUCUAAUAUUAACAAAUCUUUAACCACCUUAGGUUUAGUCAUUUCAAAAUUAGCCGAUCAAUCGAGUGGUAAAAAAGGCAGCAAUGAUAAAUUUGUACCUUACCGCGACUCUGUACUAACGUGGCUUCUCAAAGACAAUUUGGGUGGAAACUCAAAAACAGUUAUGGUUGCCACAAUUUCGCCCUCAGGAGAUAAUUAUGAAGAAACGUUAUCGACAUUGCGUUAUGCUGAUCGUGCUAAACGUAUUGUCAAUCACGCUGUCGUCAAUGAGGAUCCAAAUGCCCGCAUUAUACGAGAACUCAGACUUGAAGUGGAAACUUUGCGUAAUAUGCUUAAACAUGCUACAGGUUCUCCAGUUGGUGAUGUGCAACGUGUUGAUAUACAUGACAAACUCGCUGAAAGUGAAAAUCUCAUGAAACAAAUUUCACAAACCUGGGAAGAAAAACUGGUCAAAACUGAACGUAUACAAAACGAACGUCAACAGGCUUUGGAGAAAAUGGGAAUUAGUGUACAAGCGAGUGGUAUUAAAGUAGAGAAAAAUAAAUAUUAUUUAGUAAAUUUGAAUGCUGAUCCGUCCCUCAAUGAGUUGUUAGUUUAUUAUCUUAAGGAACGUACUUUAAUUGGCGGCCAUAGCAUAUCUGGCCCACAACCCGAUAUACAAUUAUCUGGAUUAGGUAUACAGCCAGAGCACUGUGUGAUAACAAUCGAAGAUGGUGGUUUGUUGAUGGAUCCUAUACAGGGCGCACGUUGUUUUGUAAAUGGUUCUGCAGUGUUGGAAAAAACACCUUUACACAACGGUGACCGUAUAUUAUGGGGUAAUCAUCAUUUUUUCCGUGUAAAUUGUCCAAAAUGCGCAAAUGCUAAUAUGACCUCUGAGCCGCAGACACCAGCACAAUUAAUUGAUUAUAAUUUUGCAAGAGAUGAAAUAAUGCAAAAUGAACUUAGCAAUGAUCCCAUACAAACAGCUAUAGCACGCUUAGAAAGACAACAUGAAGAAGACAAACAAGUUGCUUUAGAAAAGCAAAGACAAGAAUAUGAGAGACAAUUUCAACAACUACGCAACAUACUCUCACCAACCACACCUUAUGCACCAUAUACUCCUUGUGAUCCGCUGCGUUUAGGCAAAAUUACACCAAACACUCCAACUUCUCAAAUGCGUGUUGAAAAGUGGGCACAGGAACGUGAUGAAAUGUUCAAACGUUCUUUGGGUCAACUCAAAAAUGAUAUAAUGCGUGCAAAUGCUUCGGUGCAAGAAGCAAACUUUUUAGCUGAAGAAAUGGAAAAGAAAACAAAGUUUUCAGUAACUUUGCAAAUUCCUCCUGCAAAUUUAAGUCCAAAUCGAAGGCGUGGUGCAUUUGUGAGUGAACCAGCAAUUUUGGUUAAACGUAUUAACUCUGGUAGUCAAAUUUGGACCAUGGAAAAAUUGGAAAACAAACUAAUUGAUAUGCGAGAAAUGUAUCAAGAUCAUAAAGAAAGAAUACUAAAUGGUUUGGAUAGUGAAAAUUCAAAAUCCCUUGAUCCUUUCUACGAGUCUCAAGAAAAUCAUAAUCUUAUUGGCGUUGCUAACAUAUUUUUGGAAGUACUAUUUCAUGACGUUAAACUAGAUUAUCAUACUCCUAUUAUAAGUCAACAAGGCGAAGUUGCUGGUCGACUUCAAGUUGAAAUACAACGCAUUGCUGGUCAAAUGCCACAGGAUCGUAUGUGUGAAUCAAUUUCGGAAUCGUCUUCUGAUUCACGUGAUGAUUAUGAUGAUGUUGUUGAUCCAAUGGCAAAUCAAAUUACUUGUCGCGUCUCAAUAAAGUGUGCGUCAGGCUUGCCACUUUCCUUAUCAAAUUUUGUAUUCUGUCAAUAUACCUUUUGGGGCCAUCAAGAAACAGUUGUGCCAGUUAUAAAUGCUGAAGUACCAGCACAUGAUCAAAAUAUGAUUUUUAAGUUUGAACAUGUCAAAGAUUUUACAGUAACCAUAAAUGAAGAAUUUUUAGAACAUUGCAUUGAGGGUGCUUUAUCGAUAGAAGUAUGGGGUCAUCGCAGUGCUGGUUUCUCGAAAUCCAAAGGCUGGGAAGUAGAACAACAGCAAGCAAAAGCACGUUCACUUGUCGAUCGAUGGGCUGAAUUAUCACGCAAAAUUGAGUUAUGGAUUGAAAUUCAUGAAUUAAAUGAUAAUGGUGAAUAUUCACCAGUAGAGGUAACAAAUCGUAAUGAAGUACUCACUGGUGGUAUUUAUCAGUUGCGGCAAGGUCAACAACGUCGUGUACAUGUAAGAGUGAAACCUGUACAAAACUCUGGUACUCUGCCAAUUAUUUGCCAAUCUGUUGUUAAUAUCGAUAUUGGUAGUGUAACAGUGCGCUCACGUUUACAACGCGCUUUAGAUUCGUACCAAGAAGAAGAUCUUACUGUGCUGCGCGAGAAAUGGAGUGAAGCCUUAGGCAGAAGACGACAAUAUUUAGACCAACAAAUACAAAAACUAAUUAAAAAGGAGGAAAAAAGUGAAGAAGAACGUGAACGUGAACUUAGUCUGGUACAUCAAUGGGUUUCACUAACAGAAGAACGUAAUGCUGUGCUCGUGCCAGCGCCAGGAUCAGGUAUACCUGGUGCACCAGCUUCUUGGGAUCCACCAGCUGGCAUGGAACCACAUGUACCUGUACUGUUUCUUAACCUAAAUGCUGAUGACUUAUCAGCACAAAAUAUGAACGAUGAAUUUUCAACAGCGGGUCUUAAUUCCAUAUUGUCUAAAGAGCACGGACAUAAAUUCUAUACACUACAAAUACUUUCCCAUUUGGAUAAGGAUGUGUGCUCCGUUGCUAGCUGGGACUCAUCGAUGCACGAUAAUCAAGCUUUAAAUAGAGUUACAGAAGCAAAUGAACGUGUCUACUUAAUAUUACGUACAACAGUGCGACUAUCACAUCCUGCACCAAUGGAUUUAGUGUUGCGCAAACGUUUAAGUAUUAAUAUUAAAAAAGGACAAAGUAUAGCAGAUCGUCUAAAGAAAUUUCGUUUGGGACGUGGUGAAAAUGCUAUUUCACAAACUGGUGUCACAUAUGAAGUUGUUUCUAAUAUACCGAAAGCGUCUGAAGAAUUGGAAGAUCGUGAAUCAUUAGCGCAAUUAGCGGCUAGUGGUGAUGAUUGCUCCGCUUGUGAUGGUGAAACAUAUAUUGAAAAGUACACUCGUGGGGUUUCAGCUGUUGAAAGUAUAUUGACAUUAGAUCGUCUGCGGCAAAAUGUUGCUGUAAAGGAACUGGAAACAGCGCAUGGUCAGCCACUUUCAAUGCGCAAGACAGUCAGUGUACCAAACUUCUCACAGAUAAUGCGUUUCGAUGCGUCCAUGGAAUCGUUAUUAAACGUUGGACGUUCUGAAUCAUUUGCAGAUAUUAAUAAUCCAUCAGACCUGUCAAGACAGUCAUUAGGAAAUAAAUUCCAAACAGGUCAACCAGGAUUACGCGAUUUCAGUGUACGUACACGUCACAGUUUUGGUGGUAAAGGAAGUAAUGAUGAAUCACCAGGCAAACCAUUUGGCAUAGCUUCACCGGCUACUACGAAAUUAAUGGGCAUGCGAAUGACAACACUCCAUGAAGAACCUCUCGGUGGAAACCGUUCAUUAGCUGAAGAAAAUGAAGAUAGCUGCAGCGAUUCAGAAUAUGCAGCCGACUAUGAACAGGAAAAAAAUCUACGUAACAACUACAAUGCUAGGUCUCGUCUCACGUCAUCGAAAACUAUGGAUUCAUUUAUGGAUCUGAGCAACCAUUCUAAUAAUCAAAACAAUUAUGUAAGCUAUACAUCAAGUGCCAAUGCAAAUAUGAAACAUUUGACUGGAUUAGCUACACCAAGUAUGAGUUCAUCUACAUCAAGUGGUUAUGGAUCACAGGCUGUAUCCUGUAGCAAUCUAACUAAUGAUGAUAUUGCUUCAAUGCGUUCUAUGAGCAUAGAUGAAACACCUGAUUUUGAUCGUAUAAAUUCGAAUUCACCACCAAAUCGACAAGCUCGGUUUAAUCCAUUCAUGAAAGAUUUGCCAAAGCAGAACGCCAACAACCACACACGUCACAGUACUAAAACACAAGAAUCAGAAGUACCAAAGCAAUCACUGGCAAAUAAUACAACUGAAAAUGAACAAAAAAUUGAAACAAUAGCACAUCAAUCAACAAUAAGCAAUGUUAACCAAAUACUUAAUGUAGAAUCAAAUGAACAACAACAAAAUAAUGCACAAAAUGAAUUCACAACACAACAAAUGCCAAAUAAAGAUGUUGAUUUAGUUGUUGCUAUUAAUACAGAGAAUGAACUUGAACAUGAACAUGAACAUAAUAAUAAUAACAUUCAUGAAGCAAAAAUGAAUCAUAAUAACAUCAAUCAUAAUAACAACAAUAAUAAAAUCACUGACAAUCAUAAUGGCAAUGAAAACAGUGAACUGAUUGGUACUGGAAUCGUAAAGGAUCAGUUGGCUCCAGGAAAAGUUGUACGCCGGAAAAAAACACCACCACAAGGUGGAGCGAAUAUAAUGAGUCAAAGUGUAACAUCAACAAUAGCUGGAAAUAACAAUGGCACUUCAUCAAGGAACCAACAAAUGCGUGCUUCCGUAGCGAAAAUGGAGGGUAUCAUGACAACAUCCAAUGAUCGUUUGGACACAUUAAUGACAAAUAGCAUGGAAAUAGAGGAUGAACAUAAACUAAUAGAGACAUCAUUGCCAGAUUGGGUCGUUGUAGGGGAGUCUGUGCUAAUUAGACCUUAUAAUACCAGUGGUAUUAUUAGUUAUAUAGGUACAACGCACUUUCAAGCUGGAACUUGGAUCGGCGUUGAAUUGGAUGCACCUACUGGAAAAAAUGAUGGCACCGUCCAGGGAAUACAGUAUUUUCAAUGCAAACCAAAACAUGGCAUAUUUGUGCGAUUUGACAAAUUAAUAUUGGACAAGCGUGGUAAAGCGAUGCGUGCCUAUAAGGCCGAAAAGAACAUAAAAGAUGCUUCACUGCCACGUUCCAAGAGUCGUGCUGAAUCCCUGAGCACAGCCGUAACAGCAAAUUCAGGACGUAAAUGAUUAUAUCCGAAAUGUUCGCAUCAAAUGCAACGCUGGGCUAAUUGCAGGCAAUCAUCAUUGGUGUCAGCAGUGGAAGCAACAAAUAUGAUGAAAUUAGUAGAAUCAACAAAAGUGGCAACAACAGCAACAAAAUUAACUGCUGCUGCAAUCACUACUACUUCUACUAGUGUUGCAAAUGCUACACCAACUAGAACUUGCACAAAAUUGCGUGCAACCAGCACAGCAACAGCAAAUGGUUUAAUACAAACAAAUGUUGGUGCGAACAAUAUAAAAAAAUACAAUAGACGCUCAACGGCAUUUUAGAAUUACUGAAAUGCCGAUAGUAGCGUGCAACAUACGAAGAAUGUUAAUAUUCAACAAACAAAAACAAAAAAAUUAAUAACAAUUUAUUAAAAAUUAUAUUCAUCAUGUACUAACCAACGAAUGAACUAUAAAGUGUUAUUGCCAAGAAUAUUGCCCUUUCUUCUUCGCCUCCUGCCCCCAGCGCAAGCAUAUAGUGAUUAAUAGGAACAAAUGAGUAAGAAGUAACACUCGCUUUUACCUUACCCUAGCCUCCUAACAUAAUUAUUCAUACUUAGUAAUAUGCAAUAUAUAAUAAGAGUUUUAGUAAAUUACUUAUGAUUGUAUGUGUAUGUUAACGAUAUUUUUAUUAUGUUAUAAAAUAGAUUAAAAUAAAAUGAAAUUA